GGAUAGGAUAGGGAAUGCCUGUUAGAUGCAUCUUGCCGGUAAUAGCACACAUCAGCCACGGCACUGCGACUGACAGCACAGGCAGAGAGCGGGAGACUGAGCAGCUGAGCACAGAAUUGUACAAUGAGAGAGAGAGAGAGAGAGAAUAACUGAAUCAGAUUAUCAUCAGCACGUUGGAGAGCGCAAAGCACAGAGGACUGAGUGAGCGCAGGAAAGGAGGAGAAGAAGAGGAGAGAGGAAUACAGAUACAGGAUUGUGUUGUAUGGGGGGGGGGCAAAAGUUUCCAGCUCCCCAGGCAGAAAUCAGUCCUGAGGUCAGCAGUAGGGAGGAAGAAGUGGAGCAGCUGAGAGUUGGAGAGAAAGAUUCACAGGCACACACACAGCACAGCAGUGUGGAGAUCCAGGGGACACUAUUGAAACUUACUGACUCAAGGACGUAGCUUGCUGUAACUCAUCAGGGUAAAUAUGCUCCUCGCUGGACUAGGACUUCUCUGCAUGGCCAACUCAGGAGCAUGAGAGCAGACAUUGGACACCGGGCAGACGAGACAUAGAGCCGGGAAUAUUGCCUGUGUCUUCCUUUUACUUACCCGAUACAGUUUAGUCGUGCCAUUGUUGGGGGGAUAGAACGAUUCAGAGUUUCUGGGCUUGGAGAGAACCAGUACAGAUCAGAGAGGGAGAGAGGGGACUGCUGGAGGGGGAGAGUUGUGUCCUCUCAUCUCUGAGACAUGGUAGAGUGUGUUACGGUAGAGAGCCCCUCAGCAGCAGUGUUAGCCCAAGAGCAUGGAGAAGUCCAGCAGUGAGGAGUCAGCCAUUCACCGCAGCCCAUCCGUGGAUAGCCUCGACUCCGACUUUGUCCGCGACUCCACGUCUGGCCGCCCAUUCGGCGGCCGCGGCUUCACCGCCGGCGCGUUCUACGGCUCUACGGGGCCACGCGGUACCACGGCACAGGGGCAGGCUGGGACAGCGGCCGACACCAGCGUCAACGUCGGAGGAGACAAGAGCAGCAAUAACAAGUACACGGCGCCCAAAGGCAGCAAAUACGUGGUCUUUUACCUGGAUCUAUCAUUUGUGUUCCUUUUAGAGUUCAAGAAGUACAACAUGGCACGGGGCUGUCUCUGCUGUUUGAAGUACAUGAUGUUCUUCUUCAACCUCGUCUUCUGGUUGUGUGGCUGUGGGCUGCUGGGCGUUGGCAUCUGGCUGUCUGUGUCCCAGGGCAGCUUUGCCACCUUCUCACCCUCCUUCCCGUCGCUCUCCGCUGCCAACCUGGUCAUCGCGAUCGGCGCCAUCAUCAUGGUGACCGGCUUCCUGGGCUGCCUGGGAGCCAUCAAGGAGAACAAGUGCCUGCUUCUGAGUUUCUUCAUUGUCUUGCUGAUAAUCCUGCUGGCAGAGCUGAUACUACUCAUCCUGUUCUUUGUGUAUUCAGAUAAGGUCAGUGAGAAUGCCAAGCAGGACCUGAAGGAUGGCUUGUCUCUGUACAACACAGACAACAACGUAGGCCUUAGGAAUGCAUGGAACAUCAUCCAAGCAGAGUGGAAGUGUUGUGGGGUGGUAGGGUACACAGAUUGGCAUGAGGCCCUCAAGGAGAAAAUGGUGCCCGACCGCUGCUGCCAGGAGCACUACCAAGAAUGCGGACGCAACUCCACCAACAUGUUUUGGACAAGGGGCUGCUAUGAGAAGGUGGAGGAGUGGCUCGAUGACAAUAAGCAUCUCAUGGGAACCAUUGGCAUGUGCAUCUUGGUAGUGCAGCUCCUCGGCAUGGCGUUCUCCAUGACACUGUUCCACCAAAUCCAUAGAACGGGGAAGAAGUACGACGCUUAGCGGGUGACAGAAGGCACACAGUGAAACGAGCCCCAUACGCUGCCUGAUGGGAAAGACUCUGGAUGACCCCCUAUCCCCCCCUUACCCACUGCAUCACUAAGCCUCCCCAUUCUUCCCAGAAACCCUGUACACACUGCAGCUGUGUCACCCUCCUCCUCUGCUCUGUCCACUCCACCAUUCAUUUGCCAAAGAAAAAUGGGACUGGAAGAUAAAAGGACAAAUAUAUUUUGGCAAGGAACCCUUAGGUUAUCGCUCUCCUCUUCAGAAGUACAUUUCUAUUUUUGGGGUGCUUGUACUAACAGUUUUGUGGGAAGUACGAAUUUUGUGAAACGACAAACGCUUUACUAAUACUCACAUCCCCCUGCAAGGCAAAGAAAGAGAAGACAACAAAACAGAUAUUGUAGUUCCCUCCUGGCUUUCAUGGAUUUUGUCGUGUUGAUUAUUUAUGUUAACUUUUCCUUGUAAAUGAUGAAAGGCUCCAACAUAGCAUGCUAGUUUUCUACUCCCUGGAACUUUUUGUUAUUGAAAAAGUCAGACAACAAUGUUUCUUUCCCCCAUUACAACAUGAUUGUUUUUCUAAAUGUGUUCUUUAUGCUCAUAUGGAAUGGAGUGUUUGAUAUGCUAAGUCUUAUCUCUUGUCAGAGCUGUAAAAUGGAUGAGGCUGAGGCUGUGGAUGGCCAGAGGUCAGGGGUUAGGAUCAAGGUUAUAAUGCCAGGAGUCCUUAGUGCGUGGUGCUCUGGAUUCAGACAGGUUCUUGGAACGUCAGGAAUGUUCUGUGAUAGGAAGAAUUACAAAUCUUGAAAUCAAUAGUCAUUUCAACCAAAUCACCCAGAUAACCAUCUCACCAUGCAACACACAAAGAAACAUACCAGUGUUGUUCUCUUUUCAACUUCCACCUACAUUUACAUUUCAAAGUUUAGUCAUUUAGCAGACACUUAUCCAGAGUGAAUUACAAUUAGUGCAUUCAUCUUAAGAUAGUCUAUAACCACCAGUACUUCCAUUCUGAAAUAAAAUAAAUAGACGGUUACAAAAUGAAUGUGUUUAAUACGGGCCCGUCAGGACUGGCACAUAUCUGGUGCUCUCUCUCUCUCUCUCUCUGAGGGCUGAGACUAGUGACUGCAGCAUUAGAUCAGACUGAUGGAGCUGCUACUGCAGUGGAGGCAGCGUGAGAUUUGAGAGGAGAGAGAGAACAGAACUGCUGGAUGGAUGGCUGCCUUCAAACGUCUACUACAGCAUUGAUCGUCUGAAGAGUUUCUCUGCUGUUUCUCCUCUUGCACACCUGAACUCUUUAAAAAACAAAUCCCUCUCUUUCUCCAUCUCCUUCUCUCUCGCUCUCUCCUCUUCCUCUCUCUCUCUUUCUUUUUACAUGUCAGAACGGCAGAAGGGUUAGAAACUCUUCGCAGUACACAUUUCCACUGACAUUCCUUCUAGACUAAGUGAUGAUGUAUCUAUCUACACCUCUAGUCUGGAUGCUCCUGCUGUUGUAGUUUUCAAAGCACAUCCCCUGCUUCAGUCUGUCACAGAGGGGGUGGAAGGUGAGGGAGGGAAUCGGAUCAAAAGGUGAUGCAGUGGUUUAGAUACGGCAACGCGUCCUGUUACUGGCGCCACAACGUAGGUCAAUGUAUGGCUCAACCACAGGAGUCCUGAACAAUAAGUGUAGUUCUGUUCAGGCCACUUGGAUAUCUACACUCUAAACUACUUAGGAGGGCUUUACCAACAGGAUCAUGUCCAUUAGGCUCCAUUAAAACAGACCGAAACAGUGUGGGACUACCUGGAAACGCACAUUUUCCAAUGCUUGCCCUAAUGAAUGCAACCUAGUUUUCCUUUAACAUGUCAUCGUGCAGAAGAAGAGAGAACUUUAAGAGGUGUUCACUGCCAACCGUCUGCUUGUAGUAAUCGAUAAACUGAUUCAUCAUUAACAUGGAGGUUGGCUGAACUGGCUGAAUGUUUACUGUACUUUGGGAAAUUUGAAAAGAAGUUAGAUAAUCGGGCCCAGAAGUUGCAAAGCUAAAAAAUGUAAUAUUUUUAUUUUUUUGAAUUUUACCCAUUUUUCUCCCCAAUUUCAUGGUAUCCAAUUGUUUAGUAGCUACUAUCUUGUCUCAUCGCUACAACUCCCGUACAGGCUCAGGAG